AUUUUUUGACGUGCCCGUUUUUUGUUGAAAAUGCAGUUCGCUGUGACAAGAACGCUGCUCGUCAGCGCUCUUCUGGGCACCAUCGUCUUAGCUGCCACCAGCACCAGCACCAGCACCAGCACCACCAAUACCACCACCAAGCAACAACAAAUACAACAACAAAAAGCAAUUGCUGCACCGGCAAAGCUGAAACGCGAUGCUGGCCUUAGCUUUGGCAGGGGCCCGUAUCAUGGACCCUCACAUAAAUACCUGCCGCCGCCGGCUGUCUCCUUGGGUGGCUAUGAGAGCACAUAUGGAUCGCUGCAUGGCAAUGGCUUGGGCUCGGGCUCGGGCAGUGGUUUUGAUUUUGCCAGCCUUGACACGGAUGGCGACCAUCACCAUCAGCAUCAGUCAUAUCCUCAUCAUCAUCAUCACCAUCACUAUAGCCAUCAGCCACAGACGCAUUAUCAAUCGCUUGCCUCGCAUCAUGGACAUGGACGUCCUGUUUAUAUUAGUUCUGGUGAUGCAGCCGCUCAUGGUGGCUACCAACAGCAGCAUCAACAUCAUCAUCAUCAGCAGCAACAUCGGCCGCAAAAGGUAGAGACAUACAUUGUGCAGACGGCUGGCGGUUCGUUGCAUGGACACCAGCAGCAGGGGCAUGACAUUGGAGGUGGUGGUUACAAAUAUGCGGGUCAUGGCGGCGGCAGCAACUUUUUGAGUUUACUUGGCGGACUUGGCAGUGGUCACAAGCAGCACGGCAGUGGUGGCAGCAGCAUCAGCAGCAGCAACACCUACUCAAUCGCCAGUCCCUCCUACAUCAGCAGCAGUCAUGGGCCAGCAAUUGGUUUAGGUCAUGGACUGGGACAUGGUCAAGGACAUCAUGGCAGCAUUGACAGCAGUCAUGGCUUGGGAUUGGGCUCGCAUCACUUUGUGUCCGCUUUGAAUCACGCUCUAGAACAGGAGCAGGUGCAGGUGCAGCAGCCUACGGGCUACAACUAUGAGGCGCCCGUUUUGCAUUUAAAGCAGCCGCAGCCGCAGCAGCAGCAGCACCAACUCCUAAGCAGCUAUGGCGUUCCACUGCUGCCUGGUUACGAGCACGAUUCGGCUGCUGAGCACCACCACCAGCAGCAGCAGCAGCAGCAACAUCAUCAUCAUGAGGUGAUUGAGGAGCAGCAGCCGGAACAUGUCCAGCAUAAGUUGAACACGGAACAGCAGCAGCCACCAGCAUAUGCUCUGGGCCAUAAGGGACUUGGCCAUUUUAGUUAUACGUCCAGCAAACCGUUGGCACUGAAUACGGACAUUCAUCAGAUUGGCAGGCAUGAGGAUCACAACGAGCUGGUCGCUGAGCUGUCCAAGGCGCCCUUCAAGCCCAGCGCCUUUCUGGGGGCCAAGCAUGAGUCGAGCACUGGCUAUGAUUAUGCCACGCCCACAACCACACAGUAUUUGCAUGGUACGCCCACCGCACAGGGCUAUGAUUAUUCGGCGCCAUCGGUGCUUUAUGGUGCACCCGGACAAUCGGGUGACUCGGCCACGCCCAUUUUUGAGGCACCAGAUUCAACGUAUCUGCCGCCAGUAAGCAGCUACGGUCCACCAGCCACGCCCACACAUAGCUAUCACUAAAUUAUAUUCCAUUUAGUCCAUAAGUAAUCCAUCGAUGUGUUAUUUUUGUUUUUUUUUUUCCUGUAAUAUCGAUAGUUGUUUUUAAGAUAUAUAUUUUGACUGUCCGAUCUCUGCUGAGAUUGGGCAAAUA